AGCCGCGCCGCGCCGUGCCGUGCCGCCCCCUCCCCUCCCCUCCCGUCCCCUCCGCCCGCCCGGGUGGGGCGGGGGUCCCGCCGCCCAGGCGGCUGGCGGGGGGCGGGGGCGCGGCGCUCAUAGAGGAGGCCGCGGCCUUGCCGUCCUGGCGAGCGGGUACCCUGUCCCGGUCCGGCGGCGGGGUCAGAGCGGAGGGAGUCGCGGAGGGGGUCCCGCUCCCCGGGGUGGCCGCGGCCGGCGGGUGGAGGCCCUUCCUGGCCAUGGCAGCCGUGCCCGCCCGGGCCGCGCUCCGCCUGGCGGAGCCGGCGGGGGAGUUGGUACCUUGGCGCCGUGCCUCGGAGCCCGGCCCCCGCCCCUGCGGGCUCUGGCCUGAGCUCAGGGCCUCCCGGCCUGGGUAGGCGGCAGGCUCCCGGGCCCGCAGGGAACUGGGGGCUGGCGGGUGGCAGCCGGGUCGGGGCCCAGCGCUGGGCGCCCCGGCAGCCGGUCGCUCUGCGUGGUGUUUACCCGGUGUCUGUGCUGCCCCGGAGCCAGGUGCAGGCCCGGUGGGGUUUGACGCCGACCGUCCGUCCCCGCCUGGCGCCAUGGCCAUGAGGGAGCUGGUGGAACCAGAGUGUGGGGGCUCCAACCCCCUCAUGAAGCUGGCCGGCCACUUCACCCAGGACAAAGCAUUGCGGCAGGAAGGGCUUCAGGGCCCGCUGGCCUGGCCGCCUGGGGUUCCCGGAGCUGCAGCUGUAUCCAAACCAUUGGGAGUGGCCACCGAAGAUGAGCUGGUUGGAGAGUUCCUGCAAGAGCAGAAUGCCCCUUUACUGUCCCGUGCACCCCAGACCUUUAAGAUGGAUGACUUGUUGGCUGAGAUGCAAGAGAUUGAACAGUCAAGCUUCCGACAGGCACCUCAGCGAGCUCCAGGUGUGGCAGCCCUGGCAAUGUCUGAAAACUGGACUCAGGAGUUCUUGGCUGCAGCAGAUAGUGCUGGUGAAGUCUCUUCAGAUUACAAUGAAGCUGACUGGUCACAGGAGUUUAUUGCUGAAGUGACAGAUCCACUGUCUGUGUCUCCUGCCAAGUGGGCAGAAGAAUACCUAGAGCAGUCAGAGGAGAAACUGUGGCUUGGGGAAUCAGAAGACCAGUCUUUGGCAGAUAAAUGGUAUGAGGAAUAUCAGCCUGAGGAUGAUCUUAAGAAAACUGUUAGUGAUUUCCUCUCAAAAGUGGAUGAUCCAAAACUCAAGAACUCUGAGUUCCUAAAGUUUGUCCGCCAGAUCGGAGAUGGGAGGGUAUCGAUCGAAGCUAAUCAGGUGACCCACAGAGACCAAGAUCAGGCAGAGCAAUGGGCAGCUGAGUUUAUACAGCAGCAGUCAGAUGUUGAUUUCUGGGACAAACUCCAGGCAGAAUGGGAGGAGAUGGCUAAGAGAGAUGCAGAAGCUCACCCUUGGCUCUCUGACUAUGAAGACCUCAGCUCCUCAUCAUAUGACAAGGGUUACCAGUUUGAGGAAGAUAAUCCCAUGAGAGACCACCCGGAUGCAUUUGAAGAGGGGCGGAAGCGCUUGGAGGAAGGUGACCUCCCAAAUGCUGUCUUGCUUUUUGAGGCUGCAGUGCAACAGAAGCCAGAUCAUAUGGAGGCCUGGCAAUAUCUGGGAACCACCCAAGCAGAGAAUGAACAGGAGCUUUUGGCAAUCAGCGCCCUCAGACAGUGCUUGGAACUGCAGCCUGGGAACCUCACAGCACUUAUGGCUUUAGCGGUCAGCUUCACCAACGAGUCCUUGCAGAAGCAGGCAUGUGAGACCCUGCGGGACUGGCUACGCCAUAAACCGGACUACGCCCACCUGCUGGAGAAGGAACUGCAGGAGAGUGUCUCGGGGACAAACCUGGGGCCUUCUAAGCAUGUCCUAGGUUCCCUGCUGUCUGACUCGCUGUUCAUGGAGGUGAAAGAGCUGUUCUUAGCAGCUGUGCGCAGCAACCCCUCAACUGUGGAUCCAGAUGUUCAGUGUGGCCUGGGUGUCCUUUUCAACCUUAGUGGCGAGUAUGAAAAGGCUGUGGAUUGCUUCAGUGCCGCGCUCAGUGUGCGCCCCAAUGACCAUCUUCUGUGGAACAAGCUCGGUGCCACCCUGGCCAAUGGGAAUCGGAGUGAGGAAGCUGUGGCUGCAUAUCGUCGGGCACUGGAGCUCCAGCCAGGAUACAUCCGCUCUCGCUAUAACUUGGGCAUCAGUUGCAUCAACUUAGGUGCCCACCGUGAGGCUGUGGAGCACUUCUUAGAGGCUUUGCACAUGCAGCAGAAGAGCCGUGGUCCGCGGGGGCAGCAAGGCGCUAUGUCUGACAACAUCUGGAGCACCCUCCGCAUGGCCCUCUCCAUGCUGGGGCAGAGUGACCUGUAUGGGGCAGCUGAUGCCCAUGAUCUUCCCACACUGCUUCAGGCAUUUGGCCUCCAGCAGUGACUCUGGGAUGGGCUCCCCUGCGAGUGCAGGGUUGGCCCAGCCCAGCAGUGACCUUCCUUAGAGAGAAAAUGUUCACUAGGGUUCACAUGUAUCUUUGCUCUGGUAGGGCAGAUCAUUGGCAACUCUCUUCAAGGACCUCCUGCUGAAGUGUGCAACUUCCCCUACCUGUCUGUUGUGGCCUGAGCAUCUGAGUGGUUCAUGUUAUCACCUCCAUGGCUGAGUGACACUCUCCUGGUAGGCAGAUGAUCAAAGUGGGGAGGACAGCAACAUCCAGCCCUCUUGCCCAAUGCCCAGCUUGGCUAUGAGACCUUAUGACAGCCAUUCUGCAGAGGCUACCUGCUGAAUGCAACCUGGAUGCAGGUUGCUUUGGUGAGGUGGGAUUGCCAUUUGGUGAAAGGGUGAAAAAUUCUGGGUUUUGAACAUGCUUCCCCCAUGUAUGUGCUUGCAUGUGUGUAUAUGGGUUGCUAGGGAAGACUGGGGGCAGCAGUCCCCUUUUCUGGGUACUGGUAACUUCAUAGUACAGCCUCCUAAUGAAGCUUUUAAAAAUGGAGUACUUGUGCUAGGGAGACAGGUGGAGCCCCUUAGCCUGUCAGGGUAAGAGGAGAUCCUAGAGUUCAGGCUUGAGGGAAUGUGAUAGGAAUGAAAGUCUAAAAUAUAACCUCCCCUCCCAGAAUAUGGUGAGGGAAGGGUUAAGUCUUAAUUUUCACUUGAUCAUCUGUCACUGUUUUCAUAUGUGCAGAAGUUCCCCAUCUUGUGUGUAACUGAAUCUUGUUAAUUAUAAAUAUCUGUAUAUGAUUUUAUUGGGGAAAAUGUUUUUUAAUUGUAAAGUAUUUUGUAUAAUAAGGGGGGGGUGAAUUAAAAUUGCCAAAACAA